AUGACUACCUCUUCCCUUCAAUUCGGACCAGAAUGGAUGCGAAAGGGACCUUCAAAUGCAUCAAAGCAGUCCAAUGGUGGACAGCAACAGCAGCAACAGCAGACCCCCUCUGCUACUACACCCACUACUGGCGCCGCUCCUUCUCUCAGCUCUCGUCGUAAUCACGUACCAGGUUUGGGAGCAAUGCAGUCUCAUUCUUCAGGUGGUGUACCCACACCAGUCAGUACCCCCACGGCAGCUCCUUCACCUGGAAGCUUCUCUUUUGCGGCAGCCGCUGCCGGUGGGGCUGGGGCUGAUCGUAGUACCUCUACGCCUGGAGGGACUGGGCCAAGUGCUACUAAUGGCAGUAGUAGUGCGGCGGCUGCUGCUGCACUUCAUCACCAUCAACAGCUACUGAGCUUGUAUUCGUCAAAGGAAGGAUCUAGAGGAGCUUUGAGCCCAACUAGUGAGGCGGCUGGUGGCGCGGGUGGAGGAGAUGCCAGCACUGCUGCUCCCAGCUCUGGUACUGGUGGUGGAUCGCAAGGGAGAAGGAAGCUGUUCCCCGAGCGAGAACGAGAACGGGAUUCGAACUCAAGGCGCUCGCUCAGUACACACGAAGCAAACGCAAUGAUGUCUCCUGCAAUGCCUGCUUCGGAACCACCACGGGGUCUCAAUGCUCGUGGUACAUCGGUGUCUCGAGAUCGUGAGGCUGAUCAACAUCGUCCCGGUCUCUUCCAGCGAGCAAACAGCAGCGGUCAUUUUGGCGGUGCGACGGCUCCUUCACCUACCCUCCCUCGCGAACGUUUCAGUGGAAUUCAAGGCGGAGUGUUGUCGGGUGUGGUGCCUCCGGAGCGUAGACGCAAGGAAAGUGGGGAUGUAAGGCUGGCCAGUGGGGAGCCUCGCAAGCAUUCUACGUCAGGUACAACUGGAGCAGCGGCACCGCCAGCGCCAUCACUACCUUCUGCCCCAGUCGAGGAGGAGACGUUAUGGGAGAGAAGAGGGGGCAACAGAAAUCUCUCGUCCUCAGCAGACGCUUCUGAGCCAGGAGAAGUCUCUUCUUCUGGGUUCAAGGAGAAGCCAAGCUUGGAAGGUCUGACAUCUCCGCCUGAAGCAGGGGAUCAGGGUGGGUCGAGGUCGGCUGGAACCCCCGCCUCGGCAUCUUGGUCGAGUGCGAGGAGACGUGAGAGGGCCCCAGGAGAAGGUCCCAUUGGGCCUCCUGCUGACGGCAGUGCAGGCUUUGGCAAAUUUGCAGCGUAUGAGAGAAAGCGCGAGCGAAUGGCCAGUCACCCAGCAUCGGAAGGAUGGCGCCCUUCGUCCAGCUCUGCCUCUGGUACCGGUGUGAAUGGGGAGCAGCCAGUGGUGGAAGAGGCAGCGACCAAGGAGGAUGUGCGUGUCGAGGACGCUUCAUCGGCUCUAGGUGCUCUCAAGGUUAGCCAGGAGUCAGCCACCAAUUCCACGCCUUCCCAACAGCAAAUACAGCCACCAGCCACUACUGCGCCUUGGUCUGCGGAGACUCAGAAUUGGCUAUAUCGAGAUCCUUCUGGCCAGGUACAAGGGCCGUUCUCCGCAGCUCUGAUGCAGGACUGGUAUCAACAAAGCUAUUUCAACGACGACCUCAUGAUUCGAGCAGAAGAGGAGCCGGAGUUCCAUCGCCUCAUCGAUGUCAUUGCCGCUGGUGGGCACAACCCGCAGCCGUUCUUGGUCCCGCCUCCUUCAAUGAGUCGCCCAUCGCCACCUCGUCCUCAGCAAGUCAAUGAGCUGCUUUCAUCUCUGCACGCUGGCGGAUCGUCGCCCUUUCUAGGACACAAGUCACCACAGCAGAGUAACAACGGUUGGAAUGGAGAUGGAUCUUGGCAAGCAGCAGCGCCCCAGCAGCAGCAGCAGCAGCAGCAUCCAGGUUACAUCUCUUCGCCCUUUGACACAGCCGGUGGCGCUUUCGGUAGCUCACCCUUCUUGCCCUAUGCUGGGUCGCUCGGUGGUGCUGCAGGUGGUGACGGUGGAUUUGAUGCCAAGCUGCGGCAGCAAGAGGAAUAUCUUGCCAUGAUCAGACACAGGGAGAUGGAAGAACAUCGCCAGCGCGAGCAGCAGUCUCAACAGAUGCAGCAAUCAGCCCCUGCUGGUGGUGCCCGUGGACUGAGCUUCGGCGAGUUCCCCGCGAUUGACCCAUUCGUUGGCGGCUGGUCACCUGCACCUCAGCAGCAACAGCAGCAGCAGCAGCCUUGGGCAGGCAAUCAAACGCUCUGGGCUCAGCCAGCCGAGAAUGCGACAGAGGCGCGUGCAGCUGACAGUCAGCAGACGGCUCCAUGGGGCACUGGUGCUGAUGCCGGAGCUGCAGCUAGUGAAGUUCAACCAAUUGGCACUCCUGUUCGAUCUCGAAGCCCCGUGGUACAGACCAAGGCCACUGUUCCUGAAAGCAAGAGCAAGAGUCCAGAAGAGCAGCCAGCAGUCGCAGCGCCUGCGCCUGCGCCUGCGCUGCGCCCAGCUACCCCGCAACCUGAAGAUCCUGCUCCCGAGCAUGAGUGGCCUCAAUCACCCUCUGCCGUCGAGUUUGCCACUGAGCCCGAUAUGACCCAGUCUGUUGGGAUGCAAGACAAUGACUUCCAACAGGCACGAGGAGCCGGCAAGUCCGCUGCUGCACCCUCGCCCCAGACUGGCUCUACUGCUGCCAUUCGCAGCGCCGCUGGCGGCAACGUCAGGGUUGUUGGAGCUGACCAGUUCCGAAAGGCAGGUACGGCCACUGCUCAAGCCGGAUCUGAAGCUCCCCUCAGCAGCUUCCUUUCAGGUUCUGCGCAAAGUGGUAACAGUGGUACUCCUGCUCCUGCCAAAGCCGCUCCCUGGGCUCAGCAGGCAUCUACUCAAAAUCAGGACAAAGGGUCAGAGAAUGCUGCCAAGAGCUUGCGAGAGAUUCAGGAAGCUGAGGCUCGUCAAGCCGAGGCGCGGCGAGCCGCUGAGAGGGCAGCAGCCGCUCAACGUCGAGCAAACAGUGCCAAUACGGGCUCUGACUCUAGCGCUCUGCCUUCGACGAUGAGUUGGGGACUGGCCAGCAUUCCAUCUUCGGCUACUGCAAAGGCCGACGCUGCUGCUUCCACUGCCGCGGCUGCUCAGCAGCCUGCAGCUUGGACCGACACGGCUGCUGGCAAAGCUGCAGGUACUCCCAAGAAGACGCUCACUGAGAUUCAGGAAGAGGAGCGCAAGCGAGCUCAGAACGCUCAGCAGCUCAAGCAGGCACAGAAUGCCGCUGCUCGAAAGGCUUACCUGGAGUCGGCUACACGCCAGACUGCCGCACCUACCUCUGCCGCUGCUGCUGCUGCCAGCGGAUGGAGCGUAGUUGGAGCUGGAGGCAAGGCUAGCACGCCUGCGCCUACCGCUACCGCUGCUGCGCCUACGCCAGCUUCUAUUCCUGCACGUCCUACAAUCGUUGGAGCUUCCGGCAAGAAGACGGCCAGCUCGGUCAAGAUUCCCGGCGUAGCUGGAGCUUGGGGUGCCUCUGGUACCGCCCCCGCUUCAUCCACCAAUGGCAUCAGCACUCCCUCUUCUAUCCCCGCCAAGCCUCCCGCGACUCGCAAGAAUGCCGCUGCCGCCCCUUCCCCUUCCAAUUCUAGUCCCGCAGCUCCCUCUCCCGAAUUCAUCCGCUACUGCCACGAGCAGCUCAAGGGUCUCAAUGUCAAAGUGGACGACUUCAUCGAGAUGCUCCUCUCCUUCCCCUUGGACCCAUCGCAGGACGUAGUAGAGAUCAUUGCCGACUCCAUCUACGCCAAUAGCUCUACACUCGAUGGACGCAGAGUCGCAAAUGACUUUGUAGCAAAGAGGAAGAUGGAUGCCGGAUUUAGGGGAGACGUAGGUGCUGGUGCUGGUGCUGGUGCUGGUGGCAGUGCUGGAAGUAGCACUGGCACAGCAGGUGGAAGAAAGAUGGCAGGCGGAGGAGCGCUCAAUGGAAAUGGUGGAGGAGGAGCAGGAGGAACAUCUUCUUUGGGGAAUCGCAGUCCGACGAAUGCUUCUUCCAUGACUGGAGGAACGUCUGCUGCUUCUGCAAAGGGACAGAAUGGGUUUCAGCAAGUGGUCAAGAAGGGUGGGAAGAGAAAGUAG